AAACAGCACCGAACCAACCAGAACAAGAACACGGACGAUCUCCAUCGCCUGCGAAUUGUCUCUCAAUUAUCUUGAAUUCAUCGCAAAUUCGGUUCAGUUUUAACUGUGAAAAUCUUCAAAAUCGAAAUCAAGGACAGACUGAGAUGGAUCCCUAUGCGAAUCAGAGUGGAGUUCCGUCCGCAGGACAAGCUGUCAACCCUUUCGACAGCAGGAGUGGUCCGUACAAAUUUACAGCAGACGAGGUCCGAGUUUUCAAAGAGUGCAACCGAGAGAGUUUCUAUCAGAGGUCGCUGCCCAUCGGAACCCUUCUAGGAUUUGGAACCUUUUAUGCAACAAAAGCCGGGUUCUUGAAACCAAGUGCCAAAUGGGGCGCCGUUCCCAAAGUAAGUCUGGCUGUGAUCCUUGGCUACUUUGUUGGCAAAAUUUCCUACCAGCAGAAGUGCAUGGAGAAAAUCAUGAAGUUGCCCAACAGCCCUUUGGCAGACAGCCUGAGAAAGAGGAAGCAGAAACUGGGCGAUUCAUUUUUGUAUGAUGCUGGGCUAGGAAUUGGACCGAUGCCUUCGCCAGGGCUAGUCACCGAAUCUUUCCAAACCUACUCGGACCAUGGCCCGAGAAGCACCACAGAACUCGAUUUCAGCCGGCCUCUUAUGUCCCUGGAUUCGACAGACUCGAAGUCAAUGGAUGACAGUUACUUAAUGGAAGAGCCCUUACCUGCAGCAACAAGAAACACCACUUAUGAAGACUUGCGAGCACAAAAUAGGGAUGAAUACGAGAAGAAAAGGCUGGCGCAAAACAGAGGUCUGAUGCAACAAUCUGAUGCGGUGGCCCAAGCAGCCCCCAGGAAUCCUCUGCCAAAUCCCAUUGGAGAGCAAACUAAUGAAUAUGGAGACACGUGGAUUCGAUGAAUUAUUUUUCCUUCUUCAAAUUUGAAUAAAUAAUUAUUCUAAAAGUUAAAAA